AUGGCCUCAUCCAAAUCUCAAGCGACUGGUAUUGAGAAUAUCCAUAAUGCGACGGUGGCAUGUAUCUCUAGUCUCGAGGCUUGUCUAUCCGUCAAACCACUAAUGAAAGGGGGCUGGGCAGAGAAUCGCCUGGCCGACAUGAAUCUCUGGGCCUCUGGUGUUGGUGCAUUGGCCAGGCCGAAGGCAUCCCUUGACCGUCGAUUGGAGUUUCAGCCAAAAGCACGGCUUGUUCUAUCCGAACUACUACUGACCCUUAAAACGUUAAUUGAGGUCUGCCGCAUACAUGCCAUGGACGUGAACAGCGCCAAAAUCGAUACAUCAAGAGACGAGGAUACCUCUGCGUCACCCGUGGACAUGUCCCUUGUCGUUGACUUAGAAUCUGCUUCAAGUGCAGAGUCUUGGUUCAUGGAGUUGGGCCAUGACAUUGGGAUGGUUUCAGACUCCUCUAGCGACUCGUUUACAGAGGACCAAUCGGCUUACUGUGAUCAUGAAACAAAGCUCAAAAGGUCUAUGGACGAUAUUGAUGAUUUAAUAGACCAGCUUAUCAUGCUGGGAUUUGCCAUUCGAAAAUCGGGAACUGCCGCAAGAUUACAGAAAGCCGACAAGACUUUCAAUCCGAAGCAAAACGCGAAUUUACGAACAUAUCUCGAGUCUAUUGUGCUCCGAAACACUGGGAAAAGACGACAAGAUAAUGAUUUCGAUCGAGGCCUGACCUCUUGUGAUAGAAUGCAUCACGCAAAUGCGCUUAGAGAGGUCACUGCGCCGCAGAACCAUCUCAUCAUUGCGAACCUGCGACGUCGACACAGAUUCAACUACGCUAGAAGACACCAGUUAGACCUAGGUCAACAGGUAGCGCAACCGAUCAUCACAAAGUCUGUGUUGUCAGCCCCGGGACCAACGCAAUACCAAAGCACAAUGACUCGUGAUCCUUUGAGCCAGGACCUGGAUAAGCCAACGAUGGCACCUAUGGGCUCAGCCACGCCUACGGGCUCUUCAGAAGUGCACGAAGCGCGAACUACGAGCGAGACUACAGCUUCCGCGGUGGAGGGCAGUAUUAUGAACUUAGCAAGACCUUCUGAGCCUGCUACGAGUGUUAUGUCAACGAGCAUUCGAAAAUUUGAAUACCCCUCUCCACCCCCAGUUUCAAACUUUAUGAGAGGGUUCAAGUGUCCCUGUUGCUAUCAGACACUUCCAGAGAUGUUUCAUGAGUCGUCGAGGUGGAGAAAACAUCUUACGGAGGAUUUGUGUCCAUACACAUGCCCAUUUGCUGACUGUGAAAGGGCAGAAGUCUUAUAUAUCUCACGCACAGCCUGGCGUAAUCAUGUCCUCGAAUCGCACGGGGAGGGUGAGUACUGGGAAUGCCAAGCCUGCUCCGGAACAGUUUUCUCCACGGCGAAAGAGCUAGCCGAACACAACCACUUGAUCCAUGGAAGCACAAUAUCCGAAGAUGAGAUCGCGGACCUCCAGGCUUUCUGCCGUAACAUUACACCACCCAGCAUAUCGCAUUGCCCGCUCUGUCUCUGGCCAGAAGGAGAGGAAGUUUUGCCAGACGCCAUGACGAGUCUUGAGCAUGUAGGCAGCUGUAUCCACGAAUUCUCCAUCAAUUCCUUACCGUGGGCUAAAUCCUUAUCUCUCCAGGGAACUGAUUCUACCACCAUAUCAGUUCCAAAUGUUGAAGAGUGGCUUACUGGGACCGUUGAAAAGUUAAAUAUAGAGGAGAUCCAAGAUCUGGACGUUAGAGGAUUUCAACCUCUUCCUCGACCACCUCGAUCCCCGAUUCAAGAUCCUAUGCAUAUACCCCAUGAAUACUUUGCUGAAAUAUCAAAGUACUCAUCUCAUGCGGAACGAGGAUCUCACAUUCCCAGUGAUAUCAGCACCAAUGGAACGGUGGAUGAGCUUGCGGCAAACGACACCGACUCUGCUACUACUACCCAGUCUCAUACGCCUCGUCCUAGUGACCGCCGCGGCUUCGAGAUAGCUAUCAUUUGUGCAUUGACCCUGGAAGCAGAUGUCAUUGAAGCUUUAUUCGAUCACCACUGGGAAGACGACGGUCCACCUUUCGAUAAAGAGCCCGGCGACCCAAAUGCAUACUCAACUGGCGUGAUCGGUCGUUUUAAUGUUGUCCUCGCAUACAUGCCAGGAAUGGGCAAGGUCAAUGCCGCUACCGUCGCUGCCAACUGCGGGAAGAGCUUUCCAAGCAUCAAGCUUGCUCUCGUUGUCGGCAUCUGUGGUGUCGUUCCUUUCACCCCUACCAAGGACGAGAUCGUCCUAGGCGACGUCAUCAUCAGCAAUGGGGUCAUCCAGUAUGACUUUGGUCGACAGUUUCCUGAGCACCUGGUACGCAAGGAUACCUUGCUAGACGUCCCGGGCCGACCCAGCCUGGAGAUUCGGGGAAUCUUGACAAAGCUGCAAGGUCUCCGACACCGCCGUCAAUUGAACGCUAAGAUCGAAAGCUUCUUGGAUGUUCUCCGUCAGGAUCCGGAACUCCAUGCUGAAUAUCCCGGAUCUACGAAGGACAUGCUCUUUGAGGCUUCUUAUCGUCACCUAGAUGAUCAAGAGUCGUGCGAGCAGGCCAGAUGUGAAGGUGACCUGGUUAACAGAAGCCGCCUAUCGAGAACAGAUGUCCCUCCGAAGCCUGCUGUACACUUUGGUUUGAUGGCAUCUAUAAAUACAGUUAUAAAGUCUGGUAAAGAUCGUGACCGCAUCGCCUCGAAGGAAGAUGUCAUUGCCUUUGAGAUGGAAGGGGCUGGUAUCUGGGAUACGUUCCCAUGUAUCAUUAUAAAGGGCGGCUGUGACUAUGCUGAUAGCCAUAAGACCAAGGCCUGGCAACGAUAUGCAGCAGCCACGGCUGCAGCUUGUGCGAAGGCUUUCCUUAGCUUUUGGAACCCGUCGCAUCAAGCCUCUCAUGGUCAAACAGUAAUCCCACUGUCAAAACAACAAAAUAUAUCAGCUAGAUUGAGGACUCAUUACCUUCCGUUUUCGAGGAACAAGAACUUUACAGGUCGUGAAGGGGUGAUCUCUGACCUUCAGCGGCUUCUAUUUGCUGAUCCCUAUGGCCAACGAGUCGCUCUUUUCGGUUUGGGCGGAUUAGGCAAGACACAGAUCGCCAUUGAACUUGCACAUCGUGUGAAAAGGGAAGAACAAAACGGUCGCCACUAUUCUGUUAUAUGGAUGCCUGCACUGAGUAUUGCUAGUUUUGAACACGCCUGCACCAAAAUGAUUAGGGAAUUUGGGAUCGAGUUAAAUGGCCAGGAAGAUCCUAAAGACACAUUCAAGAAGAUCCUGAGCUCAAAAGAGGCUGGAAGGUGGUUUCUGAUCGUCGACAAUGCCGACAACAUGGAGUGCCUCUAUGGAACUGCUGACACCGCCGGGGGUAUCGAACAAUUCAUACCAGGUUGCGAGCACGGCUCUGUUCUGUUUAUAACUCGAUCUCAUGAAGUUGCUAUUAGCGUGGCGCAGAAAAACGUUAUAAAGAUGCAAGGAAUGGAUGACCGAGAUGCCAAAGCGCUCUUGCAAAGUUCUUUGAUGGAAAAGGAUCAGAUGCAGGACUCGCCAGUCAUUGACGAGAUAUUACAUAAACUUGCCUAUAUGCCGCUCGCAAUCACUCAAGCCUCGGCGUACAUGAAAGUCAAUGAGGUUUCGGUCAGCGAAUAUCUCAACCUCCUCCAAAAUACUGACGAGGAAAUGGUAGAACUGCUGAGUUAUAGCGUGCAUAAUAGCACCCACUGCGACCCUUCCCAAGGCGCCGUUAUGACCACUUGGAUUGUGUCCUUUCAGCAAAUCCGACAUCUACAUGACGACGCUGCAAUACUUCUCUCUGCCGCGGCCCACCUUGAACCGAAGGCUAUACCAUGUGCCUUAUUACCGCCUCUAAGCUCUCAACAAAAGAUGACUCGUGCUAUUGGUAUACUCUGCGGAUACAGCUUCUUAAGUGCGCAAAAAGUUGGUGAGACGUUGGACAUGCAUAGUUUAGUGCAUCUUGCAAUACAGAGAUGGAAUGAACAAGAGGGACUUGAGACAGCAACACGGAAGAUGGCAUUUGCACAUAUUGCUGAGGUCUUUCCAUUUGCCUACCGGGAGUAUCGUGAGUUAUGGCGACAAUAUAUGCCACAUGCACUAAGACUCCUAACAAAGACGGAUGGUGCCGAUGUUGGAGACAGAUGCCGACUCGGAAAAAAGGUUGGUCAAUGCUUGAUGAUUGACGGACAAGCAGGACAGGCAGUGCAUAUCUUUGAGUCUGUGGUCGAGGUCCAGAUGACAUUCUUGCCAGAGAAUCACCUAGAUCGGCUGGCAUCACAGCGAGAGCUUGCAGAGGCAUAUGGAUCUAAUGGUCAGACCAAACAGGCAAUUAAGCUGCUUCAACAUGUGGUUACCGUCCAAAGGGAGAUAUUAGCAGAAGAUCACCCAGAUCGGCUGGCAUCACUGCGAGAGCUUGCAAAGGCAUACAAAGAUGAUGGAAGAAUAGGAGAGGCAAUUGAACUGCUUGAGCAUGUGGUGGUAGCUCAGGCAAAGGUAUUGCCAGAGGGUCACCUAGAUAGGCUGGAAUCACAGUAUGAGCUUGCAACGGUAUAUGAAGCUAACGGAAGCAUCAAAAAGGCAACUACACUGUUCGAACAAGUCGCUGCAGUCCAGGCGGUUGUGGUAUCAGAGGAGAACCCCGACCGGCAGCUAUCAGCAUCAAUAAGGCGGCUGCAGUCCCGCUAUGAUAAGUUGAGGGAGGCCAAGGCUUCGGGAGAGCCAUACGGCGGGGAAACUGUCGAUUAA